AUGUUCUACAUUGUCAAGUAAGUAUCAAGUGGCAGUUUGAUCCCUUAAAAAUGCUCUUUUCACACUCAAAAAUGAAUUUUACUCUCUUAUGAUGUUCUGUUAAAUGAUUAGGAAUAUUAUACUUACACUUAUUUUUCUCCUGAUAUGUCCUGUGGCAUUAGAAAAACGAAUAUAUGCACACGUAGACGACAAGACAAAGUUGAUUUUCAUCGUAGUGGGUCUGUAAAGGGUAGAUAAAUGGAAUGUUUAGAUUUUUUGGGUUGAAUUGUUGCUGUGUCGCUUCGUAGAGAUGAAGAGAUCAGGGAGAAGUGCGGCGAAGACGCCGUUCACUACCUGUCCUUUCAGCGGCACAUCAUCGGCCUGUUGGUGGUGGUCGGCGUUCUUUCUGUGGGCAUCAUCCUGCCAGUGAACUUCUCUGGAAACCUACUCGGUAAGUCAGCCGGUGAAAAAACAACCCCAGGAUGAUUCAGAAAAUACAGACGAUGAAUAUUUCACACAUCUGUGUGUAAAACUGUGCAGACUUUAACUUUGAUUUUUAAGAGACAAAAACAGUAAAAAUCAGCAACUUUAUGAAGAAGUAUGUUCAUAAAUAUUGUGUUGAUGUUACAACACUUUUAUAAAGAGUCAUGUCACUAACAAAUGAACGUCUUCUUUCUUUUUUUCUGGAUGGUUGAAGGCUAAAGACGGAGGUCUGGCUCAGUCGAACAGGACUCAUCAAAAUCCACUUCCUCUGCGGCAGAUUUAAAGAGCGUGAUUAUGUUUAUAAAAUAAGACAAAAAGUUAAAAGAAAUUCACGUCAGUCACUUUCGGUUUUUGUGCUUUUUAUGACUUUUGUAGUGAGAUUAAAUAAUCAGAUAUACAGACGGGCGCUCACAGAUUUGGAAAGCAUCGUCAUGAGCGGUUUAAACCUGUUUUUCUUUUAUAUCAGAUGUAAAAUAUAAGAAAUAAAGUAGUUAAAGGUUAAAGAUUGAAUCCAGUUCUGAAACUCUGAGCCUGUGGCGUUUACAGUUGAUGUUUUUUCGUUUCUAACUCAGUGUAGCGACCGCUUUCCUUCAACAAAAAAGGCCGCUGGGGUUUCGGUUCACUUGCAUCUGCGACUCGUCAAUUCAUCAGUCGGGUUUGAGUGUUAAAGGUGAUUUAUUGUUCGAAAGGGAAAGAAAACACACUGAUCCAGGUAAAAAAACUAUGAUGAAAUGAGGGUAAAAGGACAAGUGAAAAAACAGUCAACUGAAAAUUAUCCGACCUGACCAAAACCCGUUGUUUCAGAGUACAGCCGUGUUUUUAAAUCACCCGCAAAACAACCCAAAACCACACCCCUCAGUGUCGAUCUCCAGGAGUGACAUACCUCUUAGAAAUCAUCUCCUCAACACGCUCAGUUCAGGUCUUUUAUUUUUACAUUUUCCGUCCUCUCUAAGUUUCUCCUCUUUUCUUCUUUUUUACAGGCAGGCGUAUGAAAACUGUGUCGUCCUGGAAGCUCGUAUCUGUUUUAAUGUGGAUCUCUUCAUAAAACUGGACAAGAAGAUCCACUCUGGAGCCGUCAACCAGGUGGUGGCCGCUCCUAUCCUCUGCCUCUUCUGGCUCCUCUUCUUCCUCACUGUUCGCUUGGGUAAGACGAGGACGCCCCCUGCAGGCUGCCGACGUUAAAACACCUGUUACGAUUAGAAAGCAGGUCCAGAAACAUUAAACAGUUUUCUCUCCUCUUCAGGGUUCUCAGCGGCAACAUCCAUGUUCACGGUUAUUGUUUUUAAAGUUAAAAAGAAAAAAAAUAAUUGUUCAUUUGUUCUUCUCUUAAUCUUUUUCUUCUUCUGAUAAUUAUUAUAAUUUAUUAAUUUUGGAUGUUUAUAAACGGUGUUCUUUUUGUUAAAGUUGUGCAUUUUAUACCUUUUGUUUUUAAUCAUUGUUAUACUUAAAUUUUGUUCUUUGUUACUUACGAUCUGAUAAUUUUUAUAAUUUAUUAAUUUUGGAUGAUGUUCAUAAAUUGUGUUCUUUUUAUUAUAGUUGUGCAUUUUACACCUUUUUUUUAAUCAUUGUUAUACUUAAAUUUUGUUCUUUGUUACUGAUGAUCUAACCAAUGAGUGAAGUUUAAAGAAAUUUCAAACCAUAAAUCUUCUGAUUUACUUCAUUAUUUUGUCUGAAAGUUCUCUUUAGUCUUUGAUUUACGAGUAUUUUAUAGACUCAAAAACAAACAAAAAAUAGAUAAAAGUAUGCUGAAACACAUACCUGAAACCUGAAAUAUUGUCUGUGAUUUAUUUUUAGAUAAACUACAAACAGGAACGAACACAAAAACAACUUUCCGCCUCGUUUUUAUUUCACCACUGUGAGGAAGACGCUUUGCGUUGCCAGGGACAACAAACAACAACUUCAAAACAAGAGCGUCAGAUAAACCGCAACUUCCGAGGGAAGGCGCCAUCUGCCGGUCACUUCAUCCUGGGAGGACUCUCUGACUGAUGACGCGUUUGCCUGUCGUCCAAUGGGCUGCUGCUUUCGACCUUCACUGAACUUGGCUUCUCGUUAGAUUGACAACAGGAUUGUAUUUGAUUGAUUUUGAAUUAACGAGAAAAAUUUUGGGAUUCCCUUCUCUUGGCUGGUCUAGAGGUGGAGGCCACUGGCUCAGGGGCAGCUGGGUUUGCCUCUUCCUGUGAAAGAAGAAUAACUGAAAUUGAGUCACAGGAUGAGAGAGCAUGUGAGCACACUUAUCAUUCCCAGCAGCAGACCCCAUCACCUGUGGAAUUUGCCAUUGAUAAAUAACUGCCACAAUCUCCCCACCACUGUGAGAACCACUUUAGUAAAGAACAAUGACUAAGUUGUACCGGCCAUGGUCUCUCUGAGCAGGCUGAGAGUCUCAUCAUCAAUGACCGCCGCCUACAUCAGUGAUGACAAAGGUUUUGUUGGGUGAAGGAAUCAUAAGCAGCCACAGGUGAAUUAUGUGAAUGGCUGGUUGAAUUUGCAGUUACCUCUGUAAGGGGCAAUGUUUGCUUGGGUGGAGGUAGCAGCGUGACAGUCAGUGUGUCACUGUCCACUGGGGAGAAACAUUAGAACAUUAGCAGUCAUUAGCGAGCUUCACACGCUUAAAGGAGACCUGCUUUACUCAGUUUGACCUUUCUUUGAGUCUGGGACACCUGGAGAGCAGCUCAGCGUGAUUUUCAGCUGAAGAACUCCCGAUUUAUGGCAAACCGACAUUUGUGAAAACUCAUUUUCAGCACAGUUCAGCUGAGGAAGUUCCCCCCUUUGUAGAAAAUGCCAAAUGCAUCUUCCAGCUUGUGGUUCUGGAUCUUCAUGGAGGUCUUUCUAGUUCAGCUCCGUGUUAAAGUAACAGCUGAGACUCAGAUCAUCAGAGGAGUCAUCAGUGACGAAGACGACACUGUGAGCCGCCCUGUUAGAGUCAAAGAUGAUCACCUCUGACACUUUGGACCCAAAACUGUUCUCAGAUCUGAGGAGACGUAUCUCAGCUGCUCAGAGGACCACUGUGGAGAACGUGCACUAACUAACCUUCACUUAGAUGAUUGACAGAGAAGGGCGCACCACUGUGACGAUGACGACAAAGAUCCUUAACGUUAAUCUCCGAUUUUCUUCUCUCUCCGCUCUGAAAGCCUCAUUCCUCUCGUACUAACGCGUACUGUUUGACACCUGUGGUUCAGGUGCUCCUCUGGUCAUGAAAAGGUGAUUUUAUAUUUUAUACCUCUUCAUUUUCACACCUCUGACAUGUCUUGAAAUCUCUGAAUGUGUUCCGCUCUGAGGAGAUUCUUCAUGAUCUCUGUUUCAGAGCUGAAUGUCGGUUUAACUCCUCGACUUUUUCUAAGUGGCUUCAUGUUUGACGGCUGUUUCUGCAGCUCAAAGGGCAGUUCACCUGUUAACCUGAGAUUUUACUCAGUAAACCCAGAGUUUCAGGUGAGACAUCAGCAUUUUCUCAUUUUGAUCAUGUUUUACAUUGUCAAGUAAGUAUUUAGUGGCAGUUUGAUCCUUUAAAAAUUGCUCCUUUCACGCUCAAAAAUGAAUUUUACUCUCUUAUGAUGUUCUGUUAAAUGAUUAGGAAUAUUAUACUAACACAGACUGUCACUCAGUAAACAGAAAGAGGGCAGAUUCCAGAAAAACGGCUGGUGGCCCAGCAGCCCCACUUUAACGGAGGCAGAGGAGCUACUUCAUUUCUCGAUAACUUUUUAUGCAAUAAACAACUGUAAUGUGCAUAACUGACCUCUAAAUACUGGAUUACAUUACUUUUGAUACCGUGGUGAGAUAUGCAGCAUAGUAUAGAUGUAGACGUCAUUUACACGUAUAAAUUUAUACUUCAUUUCAACGUCGGGAUUCGGUCUUUAUUUAGACAUGAUUUAGACGUAAAAAUUUAUACGUCAUUUCAACGUCUACAUAUAGACCGAAUCUAGACAAUCGAUUUUAAUCCACAAUACAAGAGUUGAUUAUUUAAAAUGAUCACUGAGCGUUGCAGAACUCAUCUCAAUCUACGGGACUACUAUCAUACUCCGGAGAGUGACGAGUGUUUUCGCCAUAUCCGGUCAAAACGCAUAUACGGGGAAAAAAAAAACCCAACAACUUUGGAUCUUAAAGCCUGGGUCCUGCUGAGUACUCGACAACAAAGUUGGUCGCUGAAAUUCAAUUUAAUUAUUACAUUUCAUGUGUUUUAUCCGUCUCGGUAACGCCGGCUGCCGCCGUGACAAUAAUCCAGCCACCUUAUUGGUGGAGCACGCUCACGUGACCCACCGUGCAACCACUUCGGCUAGAUUCUUACUCCACCAAGAGCCAAGUAGUCCGUGAUAAAACUUAUCGGCAUAGCCGCAAUACUACGAGAUGAGCGACAAAAAAAUAUUUCGUAGCUCCGCAAGAGCCCAGCUUUACACCCGUAUGGAGAUUGGACCAUAAUCGGACCAUAACAUGAAAACGGCUUCAAAUUGGGGACCGCACAACAUCCGAUUCAAGCAUUGCGCUUUGUCCACACUCGACCUCACGACCGUCGGACUACGUUGCAAGUUCCCGUCGUGCCACACUUCGAGAGUUAGACUUUCUGCUGAAAACAGGUGGGUGCUGAAGGAGAUAUUAUAGAAAAUGCUUAUUUUUGCAAGCUUUGGUCCUCACACCGUCGUGCAUCUUGAUGCGUGACGGUGAAAUGCAUUCACGGCAAAUGUUAAACUCGAGUUCGCAUGUAGCCUGGUUGCUACCACGGGGGCUAGCUUGUGGCUAAUUUAGCCAGCGUGGGCCCAACAGCAUCAAAUAGUCCACGCUAACGUGUGUUGUCGUGAAAGUAAAUAAGGGCCUGCUCUCUCUGUUGGAGCCAAGGUUAAAAGCUGCUAGUUAGGCUUUCCAUUUAAAUUAGAAAAUGAAGUCUAUUUUGAUGCCAGUACUGUUGUUUUUGUUUAUCCAGUGUUAUUUUUUUUAUAUAGCUAAAUUUGUGUUUAACUGUAAUUGUCAUAGAUGGGUUUUUCACUAUGUGUGGUAGAAAUGGGACGAAUUUCUCAUUUUGAUCAUGUUCUACAUUGUCAAGUAAGUAUUAAGUGGCAGUUUGAUCCCUUAAAAAUGCUGUUUUCACACUCAAAAAUGAAUUUUACUCUCUCCACUAUAGCAAACCUGGAUUCAGAGUGAGUCUUUCUCACACAGAUACAUCUUGAAAAAGAGGGUUUCAUGACAAAGUUAAAAAAUUGCCAUUAGUUAUAUUAGAAAAUGAAAAUAUAGUCAGGAAUUAUAAACAGAAGUGUAUUAAAUGUUUUCAUUUUUCAAUGUAUGACCUCCAGCCGUCCCCAGCAGAGAAACAGGCUGAUCGGUAUAGGAGCGGUUUAAGCACCACAGCUUAUACCGAGCACCUGGUAGGUGAGAUUUAAAGGAGUGAAUCCGUCUGGAGAGAUUUGUUUCCUCAAACCUAAAACCUCACUGUGGUAACAGUGUGGUAACGUUUUCACGUGUUCCUGACAGGAAGAGGCGGUGAGCUUCUACACCAAACUGGAGGCCCAGCUGAAGGACGACUACAGGAAGGAGAGAGAGAAGGUGAACAGGAAGCCGUUGGGGAUGGCCUUCGUCACCUUCCAGAACGAGGCCAUAACCGCCAUGUAAGGACAUUUAAAGUGUUCGAUCCUUUAUAGAUGUGCGUCCUCGUCGUCGAUUUGAAACUAACUCUCUGGUCUCUGAUUCCUGGUCUUUGGGUUUUCCUCUCAGAAUCCUGAAGGACUUCAACGCCUGUAAGUUUCAGGGCUGUCAGUGGCGCCGGGAGCCCAAGAUCUCUCAGUUCAGCGGCAAGCUCCACACGCACAACUGGACCGUCGGCAUCGAAAAAUGAAGUCGAGGGCAAAGUAUAAAUCAUGUCUAAAAAUAGACCGAAUCCCGACGUUGAAAUGAAGUAUAAAUUUAGACUAGACGUCUAAUGUACGUCUUUUGCUCAGUGGGUACACUCAAUAUUAGACUUUCACUCAGCAAACAGAAAGAGGGCAGAUGCCAGAAAAACGGCUGGUGGCCCAGCAGCCCCACGUUAACGGAGGCGUCUGGCAUCUGCCCUCUUUCUGUUUGCUGAGUGAAAGUCUAAUAUUGAGUGUACCCACUGAGCAAAAGACGUACAUUAGACGUCUAGUCUAAAUUUAUACUUCAUUUCAACGUCGGGAUUCGGUCUAUUUUUAGACGUGAUUUAUACUUUGCCUUCGACUUCAUUUUUCGAUGUUUGGAGUUUGGACGUUUUCUUCCGCUGGCUUUUUGACACAAGGUUCCUGGAUCUUGCGACCGUCAGAUUUCAGUGAGUUGAUUGAGUUUUGUCUGCGUUCGUUAAAGUUGUUCUUUUAAGUUAAAAAUAAAAAAUAAAAAAUUGUUCAUUUGUUGUUCUUUUCCUGUUUUUCUUCUUCUUCUGAUAAUUAUUAUAAUUUGUUAAUUUUGUUUGAUGUUUAUAAACGGUGUUGUUUUUGUUAAAGUUGUGCAUUUUAUACCUUUGUUUUUAAUCAUUGUUAUACUUAAAUUUUGUUCUUUGUUACUUAGGAUCUGAUAAUUUUUAUAAUUUAUUAAUUUUGGAUGAUGUUCAUAAAUGGUGUUCUUUUUAUUAUAGUUGUGCAUUUUAUACCUUUUUUUUAAUCAUUGUUAUACUUUAAUUUUGUUUGUUGUUACUGAUGAUCCAACCAAUGAAUAAAGUUAAAUUUUUCAAACCAUAAAUCUUCUGAUUUACUUCAUAAUUUUGUCUGAAAGUUCUCUUUAGUCUUUGAUUUAUGAGUAUUUUAUAGACACAAAAACAAACAAAAAAUAGAUAAAAGUAUGCUGAAACACAUACCUGAAAUGAAUUCCCUUCUCUUGGCUGGUCUAGAGGUGGAGGCCACUGGCUCAGGGGCAGCUGGGUUUGCCUCUUCCUGUGAAAGAAGAAUAACUGAAAUUGAGUCACAGGAUGAGAGAGCAUGUGAGCACACUUAUCAUUCCCAGCAGCAGACCCCAUCACCUGUGGAAUUUGCCAUUGAUAAAUAACUGCCACAAUCUCCCCACCACUGUGAGAACCACUUUAGUAAAGAACAAUGACUGAGUUGUACCGGCCAUGGUCUCUCUGAGCAGGCUGAGAGUCUCAUCAUCAAUGACCGCCGCCUACAUCAGUGAUGACAAAGGUUUUGUUGGGUGAAGGAAUCAUAAGCAGCCACAGGUGAAUUAUGUGAAUGGCUGGUUGAAUUUGCAGUUACCUCUGUAAGGGGCAAUGUUUGCUUGGGUGGAGGUAGCAGCGUGACAGUCAGUGUGUCACUGUCCACUGGGGAGAAACAUUAGAACAUUAGCAGUCAUUAGCGAGCUUCACACGCUUAAAGGAGACCUGCUUUACUCAGUUUGACCUUUCUUUGAGUCUGGGACACCUGGAGAGCAGCUCAGCGUGAUUUUCAGCUGAAGAACUCCUGAUUUAUGGCAAACCGACAUUUGUGAAAACUCAUUUUCAGCACAGUUCAGCUGAGGAAGUUCCCCCCUUUGUAGAAAAUGCCAAAUGCAUCUUCCAGCUUGUGGUUCUGGAUCCUCAUGGAGGUCCUUCUAGUUCAGCUCCGUGUUAAAGUAACAGCUGAGACUCAGAUCAUCAGAGGAGUCAUCAGUGACGAAGACGACACUGUGAGCCGCCCUGUUAGAGUCAAAGAUGAUCACCUCUGACACUUUGGACCAAAAACUGUUCUCAGAUCUGAGGAGACGUAUCUCAGCUGCUCAGAGGACCACUGUGGAGAACGUGCACUAACUAACCUUCACUUAGAUGAUUGACAGAGAAGGGCGCACCACUGUGACGAUGACGACAAAGAUCCUUAACGUUAAUCUCCGAUUUUCUUCUCUCUCCGCUCUGAAAGCCUCAUUCCUCUCGUACUAACGCGUACUGUUUGACACCUGUGGUUCAGGUGCUCCUCUGGUCAUGAAAAGGUGAUUUUAUAUUUUAUACCUCUUCAUUUUUACACCUCUGACAUGUCUUGAAAUCUCUGAAUGUGUUCCGCUCUGAGGAGAUUCUUCAUGAUCUCUGUUUCAGAGCUGAAUGUCGGUUUAACUCCUCGACUUUUUCUAAGUGGCUUCAUGUUUGACGGCUGUUUCUGCAGCUCAAAGGGCAGUUCACCUGUUAACCUGAGAUUUUACUCAGUAAACCCAGAGUUUCAGGUGAGACAUCGGCAUUUUCUCAUUUUGAUCAUGUUUUACAUUGUCAAGUAAGUAUUAAGUGGCAGUUUGAUCCUUUAAAAAUUGCUCCUUUCACGCUCAAAAAUGAAUUUUACUCUCUUAUGAUGUUCUGUUAAAUGAUUAGGAAUAUUAUACUAACACAGACUGUCACUCAGUAAACAGAAAGAGGGCUGAUGCCAGAAAAACGGCUGGUGGCCCAGCAGCCCCACUUUAACGGAGGCAGAGGAGCUACUUCAUUUUUCGAUAACUUUUUAUGCAAUAAACAACUGUAAUGUGCAUAACUGACCUCUAAAUACUGGAUUACAUUACUUUUGAUACCGUGGUGAGAUAUGCAGCAUAGUAUAGAUGUAGACGUCAUUGACACGUAUAAAUUUAUACUUCAUUUCAACGUCGGGAUUCGGUCUUUAUUUAGACGUGAUUUAGACGUAAAAAUUUAUACGUCAUUUCCACGUCUACAUAUAGACCGAAUCUAGACAAUCGAUUUUAAUCCACAAUAUAAGAGUUGAUUAUUUAAAAUGAUCACUGAACGUUGCAGAACUCAUCUCAAUCUAUGGGACUACUAUCAUACUCCGGAGAGUGACCAGUGUUUUCGCCAUAUCCGGUCAAAACGCAUAUACGGGAAGAAAAAAAACAACAACUUUGGAUCUUGAAGCCUGGGUCCUGCUGAGUACUCGACAACAAAGUUGGUCGCUGAAAUUCAAUUUAAUUAUUACAUUUCGUGUGUUUUAUCCGUCUCGGUAACGUCGGCUGCCGCCAUGACAAUAAUCCAGCCACCUUAUUGGUGGAGCACGCUCACGUGACCCACCGUGCAACCACUUCGGCUAGAUUCUUACUCCACCAAGAGCCAAGUAGUCCGUGAUAAAACUUAUCGGCAUAGCCGCAAUACUACGAGAUGAGCGACAAAAAAAAAUAUUUGGUAGCUCUGCAAGAGCCCAGCUUAACACCCGUAUGGAGAUUGGACCAUAAUCGGACCAUAACAUGAAAACGGCUUCAAAUUGGGGACCGCACAACAUCCGAUUCAAGCAUUGCGCUUUGUCCACACUCGACCUCACGACCGUCGGACUACGCUGCAAGUUCCAGUCGUGCCACACUUCGAGAGUUACACUUUCUGCGGAAAAGAGGUGGGUGCUGAAGGAGAUAUUAUAGAAAAUGCUUAUUUUUGCAAGCUUUGGUCCUCACACCGUCGUGCAUCUUGAUGCGUGACGGUGAAAUGCAUUCACGGCAAAUGUUAAACUCGAGUUCGCAUGUAGCCUGGUUGCUACCACGGGGGCUAGCUUGUGGCUAAUUUAGCCAGCGUGGGCCCAACAGCAUCAAAUAGUCCACGCUAACGUGUGUUGUCGUGAAAGUAAAUAAGGGCCUGCUCUCUCUGUUGGAGCCAAGGUUAAAAGCUGCUAGUUAGGCUUUCCAUUUAAAUUAGAAAAUGAAGUCUAUUUUGAUGCCAGUACUGUUGUUUUUGUUUAUCCAGUGUUAUUUUUUUAUAUAGCUAAAUUUGUGUUUAACUGUAAUUGUCAUAGAUGGGUUUUUCACUAUGUGUGGUAGAAAUGGGACGAAUUUCUCAUUUUGAUCAUGUUCUACAUUGUCAAGUAAGUAUUAAGUGGCAGUUUGAUCCCUUAAAAAUGCUGUUUUCACACUCAAAAAUGAAUUUUACUCUCUCCACUAUAGCAAACCUGGAUUCAGAGUGAGUCUUUCUCACACAGAUACAUCUUGAAAAAAGAGGGUUUCAUGACAAAGUUAAAAAAUUGCCAUUAGUUAUAUUAGAAAAUGAAAAUAUAGUCAGGAAUUAUAAACAGAAGUGUAUUAAAUGUUUUCAUUUUUCAAUGUAUGACCUCCAGCCGUCCCCAGCAGAGAAACAGGCUGAUCGGUAUAGGAGCGGUUUAAGCACCACAGCUUAUACCGAGCACCUGGUAGGUGAGAUUUAAAGGAGUGAAUCCGUCUGGAGAGAUUUGUUUCCUCAAACCUAAAACCUCACUGUGGUAACAGUGUGGUAACGUUUUCACGUGUUCCUGACAGGAAGAGGCGGUGAGCUUCUACACCAAACUGGAGGCCCAGCUGAAGGACGACUACAGGAAGGAGAGAGAGAAGGUGAACAGGAAGCCGUUGGGGAUGGCCUUCGUCACCUUCCAGAACGAGGCCAUAACCGCCAUGUAAGGACAUUUAAAGUGUUCGAUCCUUUAUAGAUGUGCGUCCUCGUCGUCGAUUUGAAACUAACUCUCUGGUCUCUGAUUCCUGGUCUUUGGGUUUUCCUCUCAGAAUCCUGAAGGACUUCAACGCCUGUAAGUUUCAGGGCUGUCAGUGGCGCCGGGAGCCCAAGAUCUCUCAGUUCAGCGGCAAGCUCCACACGCACAACUGGACCGUCGGCAUCGAAAAAUGAAGUCGAGGGCAAAGUAUAAAUCAUGUCUAAAAAUAGACCGAAUCCCGACGUUGAAAUGAAGUAUAAAUUUAGACUAGACGUCUAAUGUACGUCUUUUGCUCAGUGGGUACACUCAAUAUUAGACUUUCACUCAGCAAACAGAAAGAGGGCAGAUGCCAGAAAAACGGCUGGUGGCCCAGCAGCCCCACGUUAACGGAGGCGUCUGGCAUCUGCCCUCUUUCUGUUUGCUGAGUGAAAGUCUAAUAUUGAGUGUACCCACUGAGCAAAAGACGUACAUUAGACGUCUAGUCUAAAGUUAUACUUCAUUUCAACGUCGGGAUUCGGUCUAUUUUUAGACGUGAUUUAUACUUUGCCUUCGACUUCAUUUUUCGAUGUUUGGAGUUUGGACGUUUUCUUCCGCUGGCUUUUUGACACAAGGUUCCUGGAUCUUGCGACCGUCAGAUUUCAGUGAGUUGAUUGAGUUUUGUCUGCGUUCGUUAAAGUUGUUCUUUUAAGUUAAAAAUAAAAAAUAAAAAAUUGUUCAUUUGUUGUUCUUUUCCUGUUUUUCUUCUUCUUCUGAUAAUUAUUAUAAUUUGUUAAUUUUGUUUGAUGUUUAUAAACGGUGUUGUUUUUGUUAAAGUUGUGCAUUUUAUACCUUUGUUUUUAAUCAUUGUUAUACUUAAAUUUUGUUCUUUGUUACUUAGGAUCUGAUAAUUUUUAUAAUUUAUUAAUUUUGGAUGAUGUUCAUAAAUGGUGUUCUUUUUAUUAUAGUUGUGCAUUUUAUACCUUUUUUUUAAUCAUUGUUAUACUUUAAUUUUGUUUGUUGUUACUGAUGAUCCAACCAAUGAAUAAAGUUAAAUUUUUCAAACCAUAAAUCUUCUGAUUUACUUCAUAAUUUUGUCUGAAAGUUCUCUUUAGUCUUUGAUUUAUGAGUAUUUUAUAGACACAAAAACAAACAAAAAAUAGAUAAAAGUAUGCUGAAACACAUACCUGAAAUGAAUUCCCUUCUCUUGGCUGGUCUAGAGGUGGAGGCCACUGGCUCAGGGGCAGCUGGGUUUGCCUCUUCCUGUGAAAGAAGAAUAACUGAAAUUGAGUCACAGGAUGAGAGAGCAUGUGAGCACACUUAUCAUUCCCAGCAGCAGACCCCAUCACCUGUGGAAUUUGCCAUUGAUAAAUAACUGCCACAAUCUCCCCACCACUGUGAGAACCACUUUAGUAAAGAACAAUGACUGAGUUGUACCGGCCAUGGUCUCUCUGAGCAGGCUGAGAGUCUCAUCAUCAAUGACCGCCGCCUACAUCAGUGAUGACAAAGGUUUUGUUGGGUGAAGGAAUCAUAAGCAGCCACAGGUGAAUUAUGUGAAUGGCUGGUUGAAUUUGCAGUUACCUCUGUAAGGGGCAAUGUUUGCUUGGGUGGAGGUAGCAGCGUGACAGUCAGUGUGUCACUGUCCACUGGGGAGAAACAUUAGAACAUUAGCAGUCAUUAGCGAGCUUCACACGCUUAAAGGAGACCUGCUUUACUCAGUUUGACCUUUCUUUGAGUCUGGGACACCUGGAGAGCAGCUCAGCGUGAUUUUCAGCUGAAGAACUCCUGAUUUAUGGCAAACCGACAUUUGUGAAAACUCAUUUUCAGCACAGUUCAGCUGAGGAAGUUCCCCCCUUUGUAGAAAAUGCCAAAUGCAUCUUCCAGCUUGUGGUUCUGGAUCUUCAUGGAGGUCCUUCUAGUUCAGCUCCGUGUUAAAGUAACAGCUGAGACUCAGAUCAUCAGAGGAGUCAUCAGUGACGAAGACGACACUGUGAGCCGCCCUGUUAGAGUCAAAGAUGAUCACCUCUGACACUUUGGACCAAAAACUGUUCUCAGAUCUGAGGAGACGUAUCUCAGCUGCUCAGAGGACCACUGUGGAGAACGUGCACUAACUAACCUUCACUUAGAUGAUUGACAGAGAAGGGCGCACCACUGUGACGAUGACGACAAAGAUCCUUAACGUUAAUCUCCGAUUUUCUUCUCUCUCCGCUCUGAAAGCCUCAUUCCUCUCGUACUAACGCGUACUGUUUGACACCUGUGGUUCAGGUGCUCCUCUGGUCAUGAAAAGGUGAUUUUAUAUUUUAUACCUCUUCAUUUUUACACCUCUGACAUGUCUUGAAAUCUCUGAAUGUGUUCCGCUCUGAGGAGAUUCUUCAUGAUCUCUGUUUCAGAGCUGAAUGUCGGUUUAACUCCUCGACUUUUUCUAAGUGGCUUCAUGUUUGACGGCUGUUUCUGCAGCUCAAAGGGCAGUUCACCUGUUAACCUGAGAUUUUACUCUGUAAACCCAGAGUUUCAGGUGAGACAUCGGCAUUUUCUCAUUUUGAUCAUGUUUUACAUUGUCAAGUAAGUAUUAAGUGGCAGUUUGAUCCUUUAAAAAUUGCUCCUUUCACGCUCAAAAAUGAAUUUUACUCUCUUAUGAUGUUCUGUUAAAUGAUUAGGAAUAUUAUACUAACACAGACUGUCACUCAGUAAACAGAAAGAGGGCUGAUGCCAGAAAAACGGCUGGUGGCCCAGCAGCCCCACUUUAACGGAGGCAGAGGAGCUACUUCAUUUUUCGAUAACUUUUUAUGCAAUAAACAACUGUAAUGUGCAUAACUGACCUCUAAAUACUGGAUUACAUUACUUUUGAUACCGUGGUGAGAUAUGCAGCAUAGUAUAGAUGUAGACGUCAUUGACACGUAUAAAUUUAUACUUCAUUUCAACGUCGGGAUUCGGUCUUUAUUUAGACGUGAUUUAGACGUAAAAAUUUAUACGUCAUUUCCACGUCUACAUAUAGACCGAAUCUAGACAAUCGAUUUUAAUCCACAAUAUAAGAGUUGAUUAUUUAAAAUGAUCACUGAACGUUGCAGAACUCAUCUCAAUCUAUGGGACUACUAUCAUACUCCGGAGAGUGACCAGUGUUUUCGCCAUAUCCGGUCAAAACGGAUAUACGCGAAGAAAAAAAACAACAACUUUGGAUCUUGAAGCCUGGGUCCUGCUGAGUACUCGACAACAAAGUUGGUCGCUGAAAUUCAAUUUAAUUAUUACAUUUCGUGUGUUUUAUCCGUCUCGGUAACGUCGGCUGCCGCCAUGACAAUAAUCCAGCCACCUUAUUGGUGGAGCACGCUCACGUGACCCACCGUGCAACCACUUCGGCUAGAUUCUUACUCCACCAAGAGCCAAGUAGUCCGUGAUAAAACUUAUCGGCAUAGCCGCAAUACUACGAGAUGAGCGACAAAAAAAAAUAUUUGGUAGCUCUGCAAGAGCCCAGCUUUACACCCGUAUGGAGAUUGGACCAUAAUCGGACCAUAACAUGAAAACGGCUUCAAAUUGGGGACCGCACAACAUCCGAUUCAAGCAUUGCGCUUUGUCCACACUCGACCUCACGACCGUCGGACUACGCUGCAAGUUCCAGUCGUGCCACACUUCGAGAGUUACACUUUCUGCUGAAAACAGGUGGGUGCUGAAGGAGAUAUUAUAGAAAAUGCUUAUUUUUGCAAGCUUUGGUCCUCACACCGUCGUGCAUCUUGAUGCGUGACGGUGAAAUGCAUUCACGGCAAAUGUUAAACUCGAGUUCGCAUGUAGCCUGGUUGCUACCACGGGGGCUAGCUUGUGGCUAAUUUAGCCAGCGUGGGCCCAACAGCAUCAAAUAGUCCACGCUAACGUGUGUUGUCGUGAAAGUAAAUAAGGGCCUGCUCUCUCUGUUGGAGCCAAGGUUAAAAGCUGCUAGUUAGGCUUUCCAUUUAAAUUAGAAAAUGAAGUCUAUUUUGAUGCCAGUACUGUUGUUUUUGUUUAUCCAGUGUUAUUUUUUUAUAUAGCUAAAUUUGUGUUUAACUGUAAUUGUCAUAGAUGGGUUUUUCACUAUGUGUGGUAGAAAUGGGACGAAUUUCUCAUUUUGAUCAUGUUCUACAUUGUCAAGUAAGUAUUAAGUGGCAGUUUGAUCCCUUAAAAAUGCUGUUUUCACACUCAAAAAUGAAUUUUACUCUCUCCACUAUAGCAAACCUGGAUUCAGAGUGAGUCUUUCUCACACAGAUACAUCUUGAAAAAAGAGGGUUUCAUGACAAAGUUAAAAAAUUGCCAUUAGUUAUAUUAGAAAAUGAAAAUAUAGUCAGGAAUUAUAAACAGAAGUGUAUUAAAUGUUUUCAUUUUUCAAUGUAUGACCUCCAGCCGUCCCCAGCAGAGAAACAGGCUGAUCGGUAUAGGAGCGGUUUAAGCACCACAGCUUAUACCGAGCACCUGGUAGGUGAGAUUUAAAGGAGUGAAUCCGUCUGGAGAGAUUUGUUUCCUCAAACCUAAAACCUCACUGUGGUAACAGUGUGGUAACGUUUUCACGUGUUCCUGACAGGAAGAGGCGGUGAGCUUCUACACCAAACUGGAGGCCCAGCUGAAGGACGACUACAGGAAGGAGAGAGAGAAGGUGAACAGGAAGCCGUUGGGGAUGGCCUUCGUCACCUUCCAGAACGAGGCCAUAACCGCCAUGUAAGGACAUUUAAAGUGUUCGAUCCUUUAUAGAUGUGCGUCCUCGUCGUCGAUUUGAAACUAACUCUCUGGUCUCUGAUUCCUGGUCUUUGGGUUUUCCUCUCAGAAUCCUGAAGGACUUCAACGCCUGUAAGUUUCAGGGCUGUCAGUGGCGCCGGGAGCCCAAGAUCUCUCAGUUCAGCGGCAAGCUCCACACGCACAACUGGACCGUCGGCAUCGAAAAAUGAAGUCGAGGGCAAAGUAUAAAUCAUGUCUAAAAAUAGACCGAAUCCCGACGUUGAAAUGAAGUAUAAAUUUAGACUAGACGUCUAAUGUACGUCUUUUGCUCAGUGGGUACACUCAAUAUUAGACUUUCACUCAGCAAACAGAAAGAGGGCAGAUGCCAGAAAAACGGCUGGUGGCCCAGCAGCCCCACGUUAACGGAGGCGUCUGGCAUCUGCCCUCUUUCUGUUUGCUGAGUGAAAGUCUAAUAUUGAGUGUACCCACUGAGCAAAAGACGUACAUUAGACGUCUAGUCUAAAUUUAUACUUCAUUUCAACGUCGGGAUUCGGUCUAUUUUUAGACGUGAUUUAUACUUUGCCUUCGACUUCAUUUUUCGAUGUUUGGAGUUUGGACGUUUUCUUCCGCUGGCUUUUUGACACAAGGUUCCUGGAUCUUGCGACCGUCAGAUUUCAGUGAGUUGAUUGAGUUUUGUCUGCGUUCGUUAAAGUUGUUCUUUUAAGUUAAAAAUAAAAAAUAAAAAAUUGUUCAUUUGUUGUUCUUUUCCUGUUUUUCUUCUUCUUCUGAUAAUUAUUAUAAUUUGUUAAUUUUGUUUGAUGUUUAUAAACGGUGUUGUUUUUGUUAAAGUUGUGCAUUUUAUACCUUUGUUUUUAAUCAUUGUUAUACUUAAAUUUUGUUCUUUGUUACUUAGGAUCUGAUAAUUUUUAUAAUUUAUUAAUUUUGGAUGAUGUUCAUAAAUGGUGUUUUUUUUAUUAUAGUUGUGCAUUUUAUACCUUUUUUUUAAUCAUUGUUAUACUUUAAUUUUGUUUGUUGUUACUGAUGAUCCAACCAAUGAAUAAAGUUAAAUUUUUCAAAACCAUAAAUCUUCUGAUUUACUUCAUAAUUUUGUCUGAAAGUUCUCUUUAGUCUUUGAUUUAUGAGUAUUUUAUAGACACAAAAACAAACAAAAAAUAGAUAAAAGUAUGCUGAAACACAUACCUGAAAUGAAUUCCCUUCUCUUGGCUGGUCUAGAGGUGGAGGCCACUGGCUCAGGGGCAGCUGGGUUUGCCUCUUCCUGUGAAAGAAGAAUAACUGAAAUUGAGUCACAGGAUGAGAGAGCAUGUGAGCACACUUAUCAUUCCCAGCAGCAGACCCCAUCACCUGUGGAAUUUGCCAUUGAUAAAUAACUGCCACAAUCUCCCCACCACUGUGAGAACCACUUUAGUAAAGAACAAUGACUGAGUUGUACCGGCCAUGGUCUCUCUGAGCAGGCUGAGAGUCUCAUCAUCAAUGACCGCCGCCUACAUCAGUGAUGACAAAGGUUUUGUUGGGUGAAGGAAUCAUAAGCAGCCACAGGUGAAUUAUGUGAAUGGCUGGUUGAAUUUGCAGUUACCUCUGUAAGGGGCAAUGUUUGCUUGGGUGGAGGUAGCAGCGUGACAGUCAGUGUGUCACUGUCCACUGGGGAGAAACAUUAGAACAUUAGCAGUCAUUAGCGAGCUUCACACGCUUAAAGGAGACCUGCUUUACUCAGUUUGACCUUUCUUUGAGUCUGGGACACCUGGAGAGCAGCUCAGCGUGAUUUUCAGCUGAAGAACUCCUGAUUUAUGGCAAACCGACAUUUGUGAAAACUCAUUUUCAGCACAGUUCAGCUGAGGAAGUUCCCCCCUUUGUAGAAAAUGCCAAAUGCAUCUUCCAGCUUGUGGUUCUGGAUCUUCAUGGAGGUCCUUCUAGUUCAGCUCCGUGUUAAAGUAACAGCUGAGACUCAGAUCAUCAGAGGAGUCAUCAGUGACGAAGACGACACUGUGAGCCGCCCUGUUAGAGUCAAAGAUGAUCACCUCUGACACUUUGGACCCAAAACUGUUCUCAGAUCUGAGGAGACGUAUCUCAGCUGCUCAGAGGACCACUGUGGAGAACGUGCACUAACUAACCUUCACUUAGAUGAUUGACAGAGAAGGGCGCACCACUGUGACGAUGACGACAAAGAUCCUUAACGUUAAUCUCCGAUUUUCUUCUCUCUCCGCUCUGAAAGCCUCAUUCCUCUCGUACUAACGCGUACUGUUUGACACCUGUGGUUCAGGUGCUCCUCUGGUCAUGAAAAGGUGAUUUUAUAUUUUAUACCUCUUCAUUUUUACACCUCUGACAUGUCUUGAAAUCUCUGAAUGUGUUCCGCUCUGAGGAGAUUCUUCAUGAUCUCUGUUUCAGAGCUGAAUGUCGGUUUAACUCCUCGACUUUUUCUAAGUGGCUUCAUGUUUGACGGCUGUUUCUGCAGCUCAAAGGGCAGUUCACCUGUUAACCUGAGAUUUUACUCAGUAAACCCAGAGUUUCAGGUGAGACAUCGGCAUUUUCUCAUUUUGAUCAUGUUUUACAUUGUCAAGUAAGUAUUAAGUGGCAGUUUGAUCCUUUAAAAAUUGCUCCUUUCACGCUCAAAAAUGAAUUUUACUCUCUUAUGAUGUUCUGUUAAAUGAUUAGGAAUAUUAUACUAACACAGACUGUCACUCAGUAAACAGAAAGAGGGCUGAUGCCAGAAAAACGGCUGGUGGCCCAGCAGCCCCACUUUAACGGAGGCAGAGGAGCUACUUCAUUUUUCGAUAACUUUUUAUGCAAUAAACAACUGUAAUGUGCAUAACUGACCUCUAAAUACUGGAUUACAUUACUUUUGAUACCGUGGUGAGAUAUGCAGCAUAGUAUAGAUGUAGACGUCAUUUACACGUAUAAAUUUAUACUUCAUUUCAACGUCGGGAUUCGGUCUUUAUUUAGACGUGAUUUAGACGUAAAAAUUUAUACGUCAUUUCCACGUCUACAUAUAGACCGAAUCUAGACAAUCGAUUUUAAUCCACAAUAUAAGAGUUGAUUAUUUAAAAUGAUCACUGAACGUUGCAGAACUCAUCUCAAUCUAUGGGACUACUAUCAUACUCCGGAGAGUGACCAGUGUUUUCGCCAUAUCCGGUCAAAACGCAUAUACGGGAAGAAAAAAAACAACAACUUUGGAUCUUGAAGCCUGGGUCCUGCUGAGUACUCGACAACAAAGUUGGUCGCUGAAAUUCAAUUUAAUUAUUACAUUUCGUGUGUUUUAUCCGUCUCGGUAACGUCGGCUGCCGCCAUGACAAUAAUCCAGCCACCUUAUUGGUGGAGCACGCUCACGUGACCCACCGUGCAACCACUUCGGCUAGAUUCUUACUCCACCAAGAGCCAAGUAGUCCGUGAUAAAACUUAUCGGCAUAGCCGCAAUACUACGAGAUGAGCGACAAAAAAAUAUUUGGUAGCUCUGCAAGAGCCCAGCUUAACACCCGUAUGGAGACUGGACCAUAAUCGGACCAUAACAUGAAAACGGCUUCAAAUUGGGGACCGCACAACAUCCGAUUCAAGCAUUGCGCUUUGUCCACACUCGACCUCACGACCGUCGGACUACGCUGCAAGUUCCAGUCGUGCCACACUUCGAGAGUUACACUUUCUGCGGAAAAGAGGUGGGUGCUGAAGGAGAUAUUAUAGAAAAUGCUUAUUUUUGCAAGCUUUGGUCCUCACACCGUCGUGCAUCUUGAUGCGUGACGGUGAAAUGCAUUCACGGCAAAUGUUAAACUCGAGUUCGCAUGUAGCCUGGUUGCUACCACGGGGGCUAGCUUGUGGCUAAUUUAGCCAGCGUGGGCCCAACAGCAUCAAAUAGUCCACGCUAACGUGUGUUGUCGUGAAAGUAAAUAAGGGCCUGCUCUCUCUGUUGGAGCCAAGGUUAAAAGCUGCUAGUUAGGCUUUCCAUUUAAAUUAGAAAAUCAAGUCUAUUUUGAUGCCAGUACUGUUGUUUUUGUUUAUCCAGUGUUAUUUUUUUAUAUAGCUAAAUUUGUGUUUUAACUGUAAUUGUCAUAGAUGGGUUUUUCACUAUGUGUGGUAGAAAUGGGACGAAUUUCUCAUUUUGAUCAUGUUCUACAUUGUCAAGUAAGUAUUAAGUGGCAGUUUGAUCCCUUAAAAAUGCUGUUUUCACACUCAAAAAUGAAUUUUACUCUCUCCACUAUAGCAAACCUGGAUUCAGAGUGAGUCUUUCUCACACAGAUACAUCUUGAAAAAAGAGGGUUUCAUGACAAAGUUAAAAAAUUGCCAUUAGUUAUAUUAGAAAAUGAAAAUAUAGUCAGGAAUUAUAAACAGAAGUGUAUUAAAUGUUUUCAUUUUUCAAUGUAUGACCUCCAGCCGUCCCCAGCAGAGAAACAGGCUGAUCGGUAUAGGAGCGGUUUAAGCACCACAGCUUAUACCGAGCACCUGGUAGGUGAGAUUUAAAGGAGUGAAUCCGUCUGGAGAGAUUUGUUUCCUCAAACCUAAAACCUCACUGUGGUAACAGUGUGGUAACGUUUUCACGUGUUCCUGACAGGAAGAGGCGGUGAGCUUCUACACCAAACUGGAGGCCCAGCUGAAGGACGACUACAGGAAGGAGAGAGAGAAGGUGAACAGGAAGCCGUUGGGGAUGGCCUUCGUCACCUUCCAGAACGAGGCCAUAACCGCCAUGUAAGGACAUUUAAAGUGUUCGAUCCUUUAUAGAUGUGCGUCCUCGUCGUCGAUUUGAAACUAACUCUCUGGUCUCUGAUUCCUGGUCUUUGGGUUUUCCUCUCAGAAUCCUGAAGGACUUCAACGCCUGUAAGUUUCAGGGCUGUCAGUGGCGCCGGGAGCCCAAGAUCUCUCAGUUCAGCGGCAAGCUCCACACGCACAACUGGACCGUCGGCAUCGAAAAAUGAAGUCGAGGGCAAAGUAUAAAUCAUGUCUAAAAAUAGACCGAAUCCCGACGUUGAAAUGAAGUAUAAAUUUAGACUAGACGUCUAAUGUACGUCUUUUGCUCAGUGGGUACACUCAAUAUUAGACUUUCACUCAGCAAACAGAAAGAGGGCAGAUGCCAGAAAAACGGCUGGUGGCCCAGCAGCCCCACGUUAACGGAGGCGUCUGGCAUCUGCCCUCUUUCUGUUUGCUGAGUGAAAGUCUAAUAUUGAGUGUACCCACUGAGCAAAAGACGUACAUUAGACGUCUAGUCUAAAUUUAUACUUCAUUUCAACGUCGGGAUUCGGUCUAUUUUUAGACGUGAUUUAUACUUUGCCUUCGACUUCAUUUUUCGAUGUUUGGAGUUUGGACGUUUUCUUCCGCUGGCUUUUUGACACAAGGUUCCUGGAUCUUGCGACCGUCAGAUUUCAGUGAGUUGAUUGAGUUUUGUCUGCGUUCGUUAAAGUUGUUCUUUUAAGUUAAAAAUAAAAAAUAAAAAAUUGUUCAUUUGUUGUUCUUUUCCUGUUUUUCUUCUUCUUCUGAUAAUUAUUAUAAUUUGUUAAUUUUGUUUGAUGUUUAUAAACGGUGUUGUUUUUGUUAAAGUUGUGCAUUUUAUACCUUUGUUUUUAAUCAUUGUUAUACUUAAAUUUUGUUCUUUGUUACUUAGGAUCUGAUAAUUUUUAUAAUUUAUUAAUUUUGGAUGAUGUUCAUAAAUGGUGUUCUUUUUAUUAUAGUUGUGCAUUUUAUACCUUUUUUUUAAUCAUUGUUAUACUUUAAUUUUGUUUGUUGUUACUGAUGAUCCAACCAAUGAAUAAAGUUAAAUUUUUAAAACCAUAAAUCUUCUGAUUUACUUCAUAAUUUUGUCUGAAAGUUCUCUUUAGUCUUUGAUUUAUGAGUAUUUUAUAGACACAAAAACAAACAAAAAAUAGAUAAAAGUAUGCUGAAACACAUACCUGAAAUGAAUUCCCUUCUCUUGGCUGGUCUAGAGGUGGAGGCCACUGGCUCAGGGGCAGCUGGGUUUGCCUCUUCCUGUGAAAGAAGAAUAACUGAAAUUGAGUCACAGGAUGAGAGAGCAUGUGAGCACACUUAUCAUUCCCAGCAGCAGACCCCAUCACCUGUGGAAUUUGCCAUUGAUAAAUAACUGCCACAAUCUCCCCACCACUGUGAGAACCACUUUAGUAAAGAACAAUGACUAAGUUGUACCGGCCAUGGUCUCUCUGAGCAGGCUGAGAGUCUCAUCAUCAAUGACCGCCGCCUACAUCAGUGAUGACAAAGGUUUUGUUGGGUGAAGGAAUCAUAAGCAGCCACAGGUGAAUUAUGUGAAUGGCUGGUUGAAUUUGCAGUUACCUCUGUAAGGGGCAAUGUUUGCUUGGGUGGAGGUAGCAGCGUGACAGUCAGUGUGUCACUGUCCACUGGGGAGAAACAUUAGAACAUUAGCAGUCAUUAGCGAGCUUCACACGCUUAAAGGAGACCUGCUUUACUCAGUUUGACCUUUCUUCGAGUCUGGGACACCUGGAGAGCAGCUCAGCGUGAUUUUCAGCUGAAGAACUCCUGAUUUAUGGCAAACCGACAUUUGUGAAAACUCAUUUUCAGCACAGUUCAGCUGAGGAAGUUCCCCCCUUUGUAGAAAAUGCCAAAUGCAUCUUCCAGCUUGUGGUUCUGGAUCUUCAUGGAGGUCUUUCUAGUUCAGCUCCGUGUUAAAGUAACAGCUGAGACUCAGAUCAUCAGAGGAGUCAUCAGUGACGAAGACGACACUGUGAGCCGCCCUGUUAGAGUCAAAGAUGAUCACCUCUGCCACUUUGGACCCAAAACUGUUCUCAGAUCUGAGGAGACGUAUCUCAGCUGAUCAGAGGACCACUGUGGAGAACGUGCACUAACUAACCUUCACUUAGAUGAUUGACAGAGAAGGGCGCACCACUGUGACGAUGACGACAAAGAUCCUUAACGUUAAUCUCCGAUUUUCUUCUCUCUCCGCUCUGAAAGCCUCAUUCCUCUCGUACUAACGCGUACUGUUUGACACCUGUGGUUCAGGUGCUCCUCUGGUCAUGAAAAGGUGAUUUUAUAUUUUAUACCUCUUCAUUUUUACACCUCUGACAUGUCUUGAAAUCUCUGAAUGUGUUCCGCUCUGAGGAGAUUCUUCAUGAUCUCUGUUUCAGAGCUGAAUGUCGGUUUAACUCCUCGACUUUUUCUAAGUGGCUUCAUGUUUGACGGCUGUUUCUGCAGCUCAAAGGGCAGUUCACCUGUUAACCUGAGAUUUUACUCAGUAAACCCAGAGUUUCAGGUGAGACAUCGGCAUUUUCUCAUUUUGAUCAUGUUUUACAUUGUCAAGUAAGUAUUAAGUGGCAGUUUGAUCCUUUAAAAAUUGCUCCUUUCACGCUCAAAAAUGAAUUUUACUCUCUUAUGAUGUUCUGUUAAAUGAUUAGGAAUAUUAUACUAACACAGACUGUCACUCAGUAAACAGAAAGAGGGCAGAUGCCAGAAAAACGGCUGGUGGCCCAGCAGCCCCACUUUAACGGAGGCAGAGGAGCUACUUCAUUUUUCGAUAACUUUUUAUGCAAUAAACAACUGUAAUGUGCAUAACUGACCUCUAAAUACUGGAUUACAUUACUUUUGAUACCGUGGUGAGAUAUGCAGCAUAGUAUAGAUGUAGACGUCAUUGACACGUAUAAAUUUAUACUUCAUUUCAACGUCGGGAUUCGGUCUUUAUUUAGACGUGAUUUAGACGUAAAAAUUUAUACGUCAUUUCCACGUCUACAUAUAGACCGAAUCUAGACAAUCGAUUUUAAUCCACAAUAUAAGAGUUGAUUAUUUAAAAUGAUCACUGAACGUUGCAGAACUCAUCUCAAUCUAUGGGACUACUAUCAUACUCCGGAGAGUGACCAGUGUUUUCGCCAUAUCUGGUCAAAACGCAUAUACGGGAAGAAAAAAAACAACAACUUUGGAUCUUGAAGCCUGGGUCCUGCUGAGUACUCGACAACAAAGUUGGUCGCUGAAAUUCAAUUUAAUUAUUACAUUUCGUGUGUUUUAUCCGUCUCGGUAACGUCGGCUGCCGCCAUGACAAUAAUCCAGCCACCUUAUUGGUGGAGCACGCUCACGUGACCCACCGUGCAACCACUUCGGCUAGAUUCUUACUCCACCAAGAGCCAAGUAGUCCGUGAUAAAACUUAUCGGCAUAGCCGCAAUACUACGAGAUGAGCGACAAAAAAAAAUAUUUGGUAGCUCUGCAAGAGCCCAGCUUAACACCCGUAUGGAGAUUGGACCAUAAUCGGACCAUAACAUGAAAACGGCUUCAAAUUGGGGACCGCACAACAUCCGAUUCAAGCAUUGCGCUUUGUCCACACUCGACCUCACGACCGUCGGACUACGCUGCAAGUUCCAGUCGUGCCACACUUCGAGAGUUACACUUUCUGCGGAAAAGAGGUGGGUGCUGAAGGAGAUAUUAUAGAAAAUGCUUAUUUUUGCAAGCUUUGGUCCUCACACCGUCGUGCAUCUUGAUGCGUGACGGUGAAAUGCAUUCACGGCAAAUGUUAAACUCGAGUUCGCAUGUAGCCUGGUUGCUACCACGGGGGCUAGCUUGUGGCUAAUUUAGCCAGCGUGGGCCCAACAGCAUCAAAUAGUCCACGCUAACGUGUGUUGUCGUGAAAGUAAAUAAGGGCCUGCUCUCUCUGUUGGAGCCAAGGUUAAAAGCUGCUAGUUAGGCUUUCCAUUUAAAUUAGAAAAUGAAGUCUAUUUUGAUGCCAGUACUGUUGUUUUUGUUUAUCCAGUGUUAUUUUUUUAUAUAGCUAAAUUUGUGUUUAACUGUAAUUGUCAUAGAUGGGUUUUUCACUAUGUGUGGUAGAAAUGGGACGAAUUUCUCAUUUUGAUCAUGUUCUACAUUGUCAAGUAAGUAUUAAGUGGCAGUUUGAUCCCUUAAAAAUGCUGUUUUCACACUCAAAAAUGAAUUUUACUCUCUCCACUAUAGCAAACCUGGAUUCAGAGUGAGUCUUUCUCACACAGAUACAUCUUGAAAAAAGAGGGUUUCAUGACAAAGUUAAAAAAUUUCCAUUAGUUAUAUUAGAAAAUGAAAAUAUAGUCAGGAAUUAUAAACAGAAGUGUAUUAAAUGUUUUCAUUUUUCAAUGUAUGACCUCCAGCCGUCCCCAGCAGAGAAACAGGCUGAUCGGUAUAGGAGCGGUUUAAGCACCACAGCUUAUACCGAGCACCUGGUAGGUGAGAUUUAAAGGAGUGAAUCCGUCUGGAGAGAUUUGUUUCCUCAAACCUAAAACCUCACUGUGGUAACAGUAGGAUGUCUCUGCUACUCCCUUAGCUGUCCUUUAUGGGUCUGAACCGACUUGAGGACGGGCAGCAGAACGGAGGUGUGGAUGGAUACCUGCCUCAGGACGCCUGGCACAGACUGGCACAGAGAGCACAGAGCUGUUUCAGGAGGGCGCCCUCCUUCCACUUCAUGUGAGCGCUUCGGUGUGUUGUGACCCUGUUAGACUAAUAACACACACCUUUGAUCGGAAAAGCAUCAUGCAGAUACCACAGGAUGGAAUAUAGAUGUUUGUUUGGAGAGGGAGGUGGAGUGUAAAUCACUCAAACCUCCUGCUGUCUCGUUUUGUCACAGUUUUUUUUUAAACUUAUUUGUGUAGUCCAAACAGAUCUGCUCCCAUAGUUUGUAUUUUCUCCGGGUUAUAACUGUCCCUAAAUCGCGGCCUCUCUCUCUUCUUUCCCUCAGGAGGGGCUCGUUCCACGCAGAACGUUAAACGUUUCCUGUUAACGUUUCUCUAUUUCUCCCUCAGCUACAUCACCAAUAUCAUACUAUGAGUUCGUCAUUGACCCAGACUCGUUCUCCCGGACGGUGGAGAACAUUUUCCACACAUCUUUUCUGAUCAGGGUGAGCUGCAUGUGCCUCAUGAACUGGUUCAGAUUUGUUGAAGUGGGCUGUCUGACGUACUUCUGAAUGGUUUUAACUGCAUUACCUGUUAGUCGGAGCACCAACAUCAGGGUCUAAACUCUCUGCUUUCAUGAGUAUUGUCUGGAAAAGUUACUUGAGUCACUUUAGAAUGAAAUUCCAUCCAGAAAUAUUGACAGGUCUUCAAGUCUUUGCUGUACUUGCGAACAUCAUCAGCUCUUUAUCUCAGUCUCACUACUUUUACUGAAUUUUACAACAUCUAAUUCACACAUCGUGGAGUUCUCCUCCCAGUUAGAUCCCGCCUCUCUAAAGACGAGCUGACUGUAUUCUGGUGAAGGUGUUUCACUCUGUCUAGACCUGGAGUCUCAUGGGACUCCACUUACAAAAAUCUAGACCAGCUCCUGGAGUUUAUUUUAAUGGAGCUUGUCCGCCCUCUCGUGGCUGUCAGUGAGUAUGACAGUGUUGUUUCUGUUGUUGCAGGAUGGUUUGGCACGGAUGUAUCUGGAUGAAGAUAAGCUGCCUUGUAUAGGUGAGGAUGGUUUUUGUUAUUUAUGUAGAUAUUCGGAAAGCUGCCUGACUUCAGGAGAGUAUUUUUAACCCGUGUUGUUUUUUUUUUCGUUUCUCAGCGCCCGUAGAGGAGGGGGAGGCAGAGGCUGCAGAAUCAUCCAACCGUAAACAGGGCAUUGUGUCCAUCAACCCAAAGAUAUGGAAGGUUUGCUCAAAGAGGACUAAAUCUGUUAAAAAGACAAAGAGGAAAACAAGAAAUUCAAGUUAUAUGGGGUUCAAAACUUAACUGUGAUCGUUUUUGUUUCCAGGAGCUCAUAGACGCCUUCGACAUCACGGCCACCAUGAUUCCUCAGAGCGAGUGA